AUGUUCACAACGUUUGACAUCACGACUUCGACGUCGCAACCGGGCAGUGGGAAACUUCUCACCCCUCCAUCUUCAUCGUCGCAGCCCCGCUCCAAGCGAGCCCAGGUCUCACGAGCCUGCGAUUGGUGUCGGUUGACGCGAGUAAAAUGCGACUCUACUCGACCAUGUCGCAGCUGUAAGCAGGCCAAGAGGGAAUGUGUGAAUUCUGGUCGUGAUGAUUUCAAGAGCGUGGCAGCGGCUACGAAAGAGGUUCAACGUUUGAGAAGCCAGGUUCAGGAGUUGGAGAACAAGCUGUUGACUCCGUCGUCACUACGUGGAAGAGACGAUCCCGCUCGUAGGCGCUCAUCAAGAUGGAAGGGAGUACGGAUCAAUGGCCUUCAGUACGGUCCAUCUUCACUCGCCUACUUCUCUCAUCGACUAUCAACAUUCACACAAGUGGAUUUGGAGUUGAAAACACCACCAAGGUCGGACCUAACGCCUCCUUCAACACCGUCGAGCUGUGAUCGCCUCCAACGAGAGCAACAAGAUGCCCUGCUCGACCUUUACUGGCAAGGCUACCACGCCAUUUACCCUGUGCUCGACGAGGCUGCUUUUCGACAGCAUUAUGAAUCGCUGUGGCAUGAAAAUUCGAGACGAGCGUGUCCGAUGGUGGAUAUCGUCGUUGCGCUAUGUAUUCAGUUCGGCUCUUCCUACACGGUGACUGAUGAGCUCGUUAUGCCUGAUCAGCCUGGAUACAACUUUUAUCUCCAAGCACAGCAGUCUCUAAGUGCUAUUUCAGAAAGGCCGACUUUGAUGUCAGUGCAGUGUUAUUUCCUCAGUGCUAUAUACCUACUGGCAUUCAAUCAGACUAAUUCGGCCUACAUGAUGAUACGGUCAGCGGUGGCGGCAGCAGAAUCUCUUGGUCUGCAAUUUGACACCACUCACGAUGAUGACGCCCAGAUCGAGACAAGCACACUCCCGACGAACGUUUGCUCUAGACUUUGGCACUGUUUGGUUACACUGGACACACAAGUUGCUCUGCAUCUCGGCCGUCCCUUCGCAGUUUCAGACGAUCAGCUGGACGAUCAAGUCGGACCAGAAUCCGAUGAGAUUGCCCACGUCGACGGUCCAAACUUCAACUUCUCCGAGCCAUCCAACAUCAACUGGCUUCGAUUCGCGUACGAGAGGCAGCGGCUAUUCCAAAUUGCCCGCGGGAUUCACGUCGAAUUGAUGGCGGUGGUAGAGGACGUUUUGGGAGAGAUUGAUCAGUCCGACUUUUACCAACAUCCUGCAUCACGCGAAAGAUGCGCAAAAUAUCUGCGGGAGCAGCUCAAACGUCUCAAAACAUGGGUUGAAGAGCUACCGGAAAGCCUCAAGACGUCGAGGGUACAAGGUGUGCCAUUCUCGGUCGACCGGUCUACGCUCAAUCUCAGCCAAACAGAUCCCUUAUGGCUACAAAGACAGCGCCUAGUGCUUGAGCUGGACUACCACUCUCUAGUCAUCAUGCUCACUCGAACAUUUAACUCGUUCCUACCAACACCAGCUCUCGGAACAUUCAACAGCGACAAUCACUGUAUCACUGGUGUCAAUUCUGGUAUUAUGAUGACGCUUAUGCUUCACCAAGUCCUCAGCUCAUCUGAAAUCCUCGCUGGGUUUUAUCAAGUCACUGGCUGGCAGACUACUGCAACAUUUGCAUUGGCCGGCUUCGCUUGCGGUUAUCCCAUAUGCCCAUUAUCGCCCACGGCACGAAGGUUGCUGACACAGGCUGCAAGGGUCUUCGAAAUGUCAGGUAGUCGCGAAUGUGCACAGUUAGUUCACAGUCUGAAAGAGAAGUGUUUUGAGAUCGUGCAUACUUUCUGUGCUCGACUGGGAAUCUCUACGCCUGCGACGACACCGGCUGAUAGCCAUAAGACCCCAGACGCUGCGAAUGAAUCGAUGGAGCCAAGUAGUUACCAAGUCAUGAGUAUAGGAGAGGACGCUCUGGUCAAUGCCGAUUUUGACAAUUUGCUAGAUAGCGAGCUGUGGACAGCAGACUCGCCAGGAGGACUGUUGUGGGGAGACUUGAUGAGAGACCUGGACUCGGGUUUGGCAUCUUCACUUGGACAUGUUGGAGUCAGAGACCAGGACAGUAGUUGA